CACUUAAUUAGGCCUACAGGUAAUAUAUAAUUUGAGGAAGCCAGAGGUGCAUCGUUCGUUGUGUGCUUCAAGAGUUGACACACACGAUGCAUCUUCGACUCUUUUUGAUUUUCUUCAUUUGUACAUCGACAUCUGUACAAAAUGCGCUUGGUGGUCAUUGUGGUGACAAAUGGGAAAAGGUACUAGCAGAUAAUGAAAAGCAAACUAUUAUACCACUUCGUACCAGCGAAAACAAAAUUUACUAUUUUGGAAUCAAUCAUAAGGUAACGUUUUUGGAAGCAGAACAGUUUUGUAGAGACAUUCACAUGAGACUUGUGACCAUAAAAUCGAGUGGCGAACUGAUUGACCUUUAUAGACAUUCUGAAAAAAUGUCUGAUGAAACCACUUUCUGGUCAUCUGGUUCUAAACUCUUGGACAAUAAAAACUAUAUUUGGUUGUCGACUGGUGAAUUAGUGGAUAAAGUUUACGUAAAACAGGCAAAUACAGAUAAACAUUCUGGAAACUGUCUUACAUUAAAACGAUCUCGCUCCAAGAAAAAACUCCGUCUUAAAAGUAGAGGCUGUGAGAGAAAAUAUAACUUCAUUUGCGAGAGAGUCAAAUAUGAACCCCUUGAGACUUGUGACGAGAAAGAUAAGAAAUGGACAGCUUUAUUCCAGGAUCCCUCGUUAGCCAAAAAUAUAAAUGUACUGCGUACCAAAACCAAAACCUACUAUAUCGGAACAAAUUUGAGGGUCGCACCUCAGCAAGCAGCACAAUUCUGCCAAAUAAUCAACAUGGAUCUAGUAUCGAUCACCUCUAGAAAAGAGAACAAAUUAUUAGGAAAAUAUAUUCAGAAUAACAAUUUGAUAGACAACUUUUGGUCAUCUGGAACAAAAGUUCUUGAUGGCACCACCUGGGUUUGGCUCGCAGAAGGAGUACCAGUAACUUACACUAAUUGGGCAUCUCGGGAACCUCACGGUGAUGAAAAACAGUGCAUUUUAUUGACACCAGGAAAUGAUGGCUUGGAAUGGAAGAGUUCUUAUUGCAAAACAGAGGCUGCGUUUAUUUGUGAAUCUGGAGACCGUCAACCAAAAAAACAUGAUAAAACAAAAUGGAAGUUUGGAAAUUUGGAAGACGUGGACGAUUAUGUCACAAAUAUGCAUGAAUAUUUACAGGACUUAGGGCUUGUAGUUGGAUCUAUGGCAGCUCCACUUCAACACUUUAAGAAACCUGCAGGUAAUGAAAAAAGUGAGGCAGUAAAACACCUUGACCAAAAGACUAUAGAUUAUAUUACCCUUCUUUUGGAGCACUUAUACGAUUAUAUCUCCACAAUUACUAACAUACUUCAAAAUCCUGAAGAGCGGGCGAAAUACAAGACAGAGGACCUUAAAAAUGGAGUUAUCUCAAUACAGAAUUGGUUAGAAGCCAUAAGAAAACUUCUUUAUCCGAAAGGAACUAAAGCUCCUAAGGAUCGUCUUGACUGUGACAAUGUUGCAGUUAGCUGGGAAGAAUGUGUUAAUAGUCUUAACCGAACCAUACAAAACUAUGCUGUGCUUACUGGACUUAUUUAUCUGCCAACUGGUGAAAAACCUAAUGAUAAAUCUCCUCUUGGCUCUGAAGCUAGAUCCCCUGGAGGAAAUAAACCACCUGAGACGUUUGGCCAAUCAUUCGGAAAUGUGCUCAGUACCAUUUUCAAACCUAUGUUUGGCAGUCUGCUGGAUCCAAGAAAACCUGAACCUGCCAAGACUAAACCAUCUCUUCUCGGAUUUCCUUCCCUUCCCGAUUUCCCGAUCAUUCCUGGUGACGAUGAAAAUCCUAAUGACGAAGAUGAACCCUCAGAGGAACAGGACGCAUAUCCAUCUGAAAGACAACAACUCACACUUCCCAAUCGUCCUACUCCACCUAAAAUUAAGUAUGUAAAAGAUGAAACUGACAGCGAGGAAGAUGGUGAACUUCUUCUUAAUAUGUAUAAGGAUCAGGCAGUACCUAAAUCAGGAAGGGCAGAAGAUAGUCGUUUAACUAUUAGUCCGCAAGGCCCCGGUGGAAAUAACAGAACCUAUCCAAGCGGUUCAAACUCCUUUGUUGGAAUGUUGGGACCUUUAUUAAAUGGAUCUAUCCAAAUAACUAAACCAGGGGAUGAAUCUAGUAACAUUUUCUCUAAUUUACACAGUGGUCUAAUCAAAUCGUUUAAUACCACAGGAGGUGGUAAUAGAGGUCCAGUUAUGGUUGGAGGCUUAACUCCUGGCUUGAUUACGUUCGAAACCAUGGUGCAGCAUUCUCAAAUAUCUAUGACCGAGUGGACACAAGAUGGCAGAAAGUUUAUGGCUGUUAGAUACAAGACAAACCCAGAGCAAGCUGCCAAAAUAUGUCGAGAUCACGGAAUGGAGUUGAUAAGUAUGAAGGAUCGAAGGACUAACGACAUAGUUACUCGCUUCCUUGGAAGAUCUGGCCCGAUAGACCUCGAAUUCUACUGGACGUCAGGUACGAGGCAACCAGACGGGAAAUGGGCAUGGGUUGACAAGUCACCAGUUGAAUUUACCAGUUGGGCACCGGGUCAGCCAGACAACUUGUCCGGUAAGGAAGACUGCAUCUGCAUGGACGCAGGUGGACGGUGGAAUGAUGCGUCGUGUGACAGGAAACACAACUUCGUCUGCGAUGGAGAAGAUGUAGAGCAUCCCGCACAAGGAACACAAAGAUCCGAGUUCGUUCAGCCUCGUCUCCCAAUCUUCAAACCCACAGUUGAAGUAUAUCAAUCUUUCGGCGGCCGUAUGCAAACAGACAAUCAAACAGCUUCACCUUUAGUUAAAAGUUUCAGCAGCCGUAUGCAAACAGACAAUCAAACAGCUUCACUUUUAGUUAAAAGUUUCAGAGGCCGUAUGCAAACAGACAAUCAAACAGCUUCACCUUUAGUUAAAAGUUUCAGCAGCCGUAUGCAAACAGACAAUCAAACAGCUUCACCUUUAGUUAAAAGUUUCAGCGGCCGUAUGCAAACAGACAAUCAAACUGCUUCACCUUUAGUUAAAAAACCAUCUACUGAAUAGCAUUUCGACUCGACAAACGCUCCUGAAAUUUGACAACCGAAUAGCUUUCAUUAGAACUUCUUCAUUCUUCAUGGGACAAAUUUGUUAAUAUUUAGAUCACAUUUAAACUAAAAAUACUUGUUUGGAAUCUAUUCUCGCUUAUUGAAUUCCAUGUUCUUCGUAUUGCUACGUAUUUUUUAAAUUGCUUUGCAAUUUUCAAAAUCCGCAAAAAAAUAGGCAA